AUGGCGAAGGAAUGGCAACGGGAGGGGGCGGUAGAGGGUGUGCUUUCGGGACUUGCAAAAAUCUCGGCUACGAUGAACCUUGCCAUUCCCCCUGUAUGGAUGGGUGAUGCCGGAGCUUCCAUGAUGGACCAAUUGGACACGCUCGUCAUGCGCUACAUUCCCCAGCUUGAGGGUGUUCUCAUUACGCAUUCAGAUGCACACUUUAAAAGCGCACUGGGUGAAAUUUACGGUGAUUCUGCGUUUGCAGAGGCACCUGUCGCAUUCCGAGCGCUGGUUUGGCGCCCGGAAAUCGGUAUGAUGCUAGAAGGAGUAAUCACAUUAUCCUCGCCAAGCCACGUAUCUUUACUCCUUCACGACACGUUUAAUGCAGCAAUUUCUGCCGAGCAUUUGCCCGUCGGAGAGUGGGAGUUUGCUUACUAUGAAGAGGGCGCUGUCCAGCGCAGUGACCCGAAUGACCGCAGCCUUGGACUCUGGCGCCAUAAAAAGACGGGCUCGCCACUGGGCGGAAACGAGCAUAAGCUUCUGUUUACGGUAAUCAGCAUGACCGUGGCGAACCGAAUGCUUUCUCUACAUGGCAGUCUACUUAAAGACCCAUUCAGCGUUGCACCUCCACGGCCUGGCUCGCUUUCCUUUGACCAAGCGCUCGCUGAAGCCGAGCAUGUAGAGGAGCCCGAGGAGGCAGUGGAAGUAACACAUGAGGAGAGCAUGUUUCUGGCAGAGCCCGCACCGCGUAAAGUGCGCUGGGAUGAUUCUGACGCGACUAGCGAAGAAGAGGACAAAGCAGCAGCAGACCGGAGCGAAGAGGUCGAAAUAGAGGAUGAUGCCGAGGAUAGCGAUGAGGAUCAAGACAGCUACGACGAACCGGUCGUCGAUACAGACGAGAUGUCGAGCGACGAAGAGACGCUCCCUGUAAUAAACGAAACUGGCACCACGACUGAGGAGACGUUACAGAUGCAGGAUGACAUUAAUGUCACAAAGGCAGAGAAGAAGAGAAAGAAAGACAGGAAGGAAAAGAAGGGAAAAAAAGAAAAGCGCGACAAGAAGGAGGAAAAGUCCCACAAAGAAAAGAACAAGCCUGGCGCAUCACGCAGCUCGAAACGUUCUGCAAAAGAGGAGUAUGAAAAGCCCAAGAAAAAGAAACGCACAAAUGCGUAG